AUGGAGAAGCUUGCUCGCCGCUGCUGCUACGUUUGCUGCUGCCUCAUCGUCUCGAUCCUCGUCGCGGUGGCAGUGAUCGCCAUCGUUCUAAGGGUCGUGCUCAAGCCCAGGGACGUGGACCUCAGCGUCACUCGCAUGACGCUCCAGGAGUUCGAGGCAUCGCUAAACUUCCCGACGUUCACCCCGACGCUCAAGCUCGUCCUGGCCAUGGACGUCCGGGUCUACAAUCCAAACAGGGCCAGCUUCGCCUUCUCCAACAGCACCGUCUUGAUGUUCUACCACGGCCAGGAGUCCGCGCGCACGCUCGUCCCCGCUGGGAGGAUCCCGGCCAGGGACUCCGUGAACAUCUCCACGGUGCUGGACGUGGCGGCCAGCAGGGUGAUCGCCAAUCCAAGCUUUGCGGGCGACGUGCGCGCGGGGAUUCUGCCCGUGACCACGGAGAGUGCGAUCAAGGGGCGCGUCAAUGUGUGGAACAUCUACCGGCAUUCGAUGGUGAGCGUCUCCAAGUGCCAGAUCUUGCUGGCGGUGGCCAACCAGACCAUCGCGAGCUACAAAUGCGAAAACAAGAAUAUCUUCUAG